AUGCGGAGAAUAUACGAAGAGGAGGAAGCGCUGGACCUCUGGUCGGCGAUGAUGCAGCAAACGCCGUCCAGCAAUCCCGCGCCUUCUGAAGAGCUACUGUCAUUGAGCAGUUGCCUACUGCCACUCUUAGACCUAGGUUCUGAUUCGCUACGUCUAGGCUUGGACAUCGUUGAAUCGUAUAUUUUAAUCUCACCAAGGACGAUACUCACCCCUCCGUUUCUCGGACCUCUGCUCUCAUCACUGAGCGAUAGUGAGGGGGAGGACGUCGAGAUACCACUACAGCAAGGAGAGGGAGGACUUGACGCCGGUGAAGCGAUGCGCAUGGCCGAGGGCGACGGAGAUGAAGAUGCCGAGCCGACGAUGGAGGAUGUCUUCGGAGAUGAAGGAGGCGGUGCUGGUGGUGGGAGGCGAGGCGAGGAUGAGGAUAUGCUGGAUGCGUGA